AUGGCGGCCAGUCCUGAUCCUACAUUGCUGCAAUGGUUGGUAACUACAAACGACGUUAAACAAUUAUGGGCAGCUCAACCGACUUUUUUGAUCUCACAGGCGGUCUACACCCUUGCGGGUGUUAUAACUUUGAUACACGCAUUCAGCAAGGGUGGGCGGUGGCCUUAUUUUUGGCUCGGGACCGUACUGCAUGGAAUUUAUGCGGACAAUUUCUGGCAUUUUGUUCUUCCCCAAUAUGACAACUUCUGGUAUUCGCAGGCGCCUAUCGUGUUCCUCGGUGCUCGUCUGCCCUUACACAUCAUUCUGUUAUAUCCAGCAUUCAUUUAUCAUGCCGCAUAUGCAGUGCAUAAACUGAAUUUACCAAGGUAUGCGCAACCGUUUGCCGUGGGCUUGAUAACAGUGUUAAUUGAUAUUCCAUAUGAUAUAGUAGCUGUUAAAUUCGUACAUUGGACAUGGCACGACACGGCCCCGAAUAUCUUCGAUCGUCACUAUUGGGUGCCUUGGAAUUCCUAUUAUUUCCAUUGCACAUUUGCAUCUAGUUUCUACUUCUUCUUCGACUCGAGUAGAAGGUGGCUGGCGCCUCGAGUGGCGCAAUGGUCAUCCGCUACAAAAGGAGUCGAAUGGAAGUCUUUGUUGAUAGCGACACUAUUGGGCAUGCCUGGUGGUGUUCUAUUGUUUAUUCCUAUUUAUCAUUCACUUCAUGACGUGUACAAAAUACACUCUGAAGUUACUUUCUCUCUAUUAUUCUCUAUUUAUUUCGUCAUCGUCGUGUUAGGCCUUCUUAGUGACCGUGAGAAGAAUAAAGACAAGCUAACGAAGAUCGAUUAUGUAUUGAUAUUACAACUUGCCGUUCACUAUGUAAUUUAUUGGGUGUUUGUGGUGUUUUUCAACCCUGAGAAGGAAUGGUCUACAGGCUUACACGAGCCGGUCGGCCCUUGUAAUGAAGUGGCUUUGUUAACGUCACCCUUUGGACAGUCUUUGUACAAGUUUUAUAGGGGUCGAGACGCGACCACACCCGCUUGGUUGCAGGCGCAUCUAAGCGGGAUUCAUUUAUUCGUUUGUCUCCUCAUUUACGGGGGAGCAAACCUUUUCUGCGGGUCCGCUGAGUCGGGUUGGCCGAACAGCGGACGGAGGCAUGAUUCAGUGCCGCCGUCGGUGGGCUUGGCUUAA